AUGUCAGAGUCCUCACAUAAAAAAAUGAAAUUUCCUGAAAAUAUGCCUGAAGAUGUAGUAGAGCACAUCCUGUCGACGUGUCUUCCCAUCCAAAAUGCUUUAAGAAGUCGUGCUGUGUCCAAAAGAUUUAGGCACGCACAAAUUCGAUCCCGGUACCUUGAUUUUAGCAAAAUAUACUCCAAGAGGCGCAAUCAAUUAGCAGUUGUACGUAUCAUCGAAGGUAUUUUUGAAAAACACAAAGGAUCAGAGAUCAACCAAUUUGUUCUGAUUCUUAAUCAUAUCGGCAUAGAGGAUAAGAUCUUCAGGUGGAUCAAAACAUGCGUGAGUAAAAAUAUUCAAGAGCUGGAGUUAGAUUUUUCCAAAUCUAGGAAAGUUAUAGAGAUUCCAAUCGACUUGUCGGCCAUCGAGACGCUAACAGUCUUGAAGCUAAAAUGGUGUCAGUUUGAGAUAUCUGAGAACUCUCCCAAGGGUCUUAAGUUACUGAGAACGCUGGCGUUAAUGAAGACCAAGGUGACAAAAAAGACGCUAGAUGCAAUCUUCAACAACUGCAUCCACCUCGAGACGCUUGAACUAAUCAACUGUCGAAUGUACGGGGUAUUGAGAAUCAACGCUCAAAACAAUAUGAAGUUCAAGUUGUUGGUCGUGUAUUCUAUGCUGAAUCUCUUGAAGAUAUUUUUGGAUGCACCCACUCUUGAAUGCUACAAGUAUGAUGGGUAUGUCAGGAUGAUUGACUUUUCAAGAGUGAAUGUACUUAAGGAGGUAAAACUUCAUUAUAAUCGGAGUUAUGAUCGGCAUAGUUACAAUCCACUUGCCAUGGUGAUUGCUAAUAUGGGAGCUUUUAUGGGAGUUCAUGUUCUCGCAACGACAAACAUCUUUCUUGAGGCUUUGAUGAAUAGCAAUCCGGAUUUCUGCUUUUGGAACUUACAAGAGUUUCAGAUUUGUUUUCAAUCUCCAACAAAUUGUACUCUUUUUGACAUUGCUGCAUUUCUCAAAAAGUACUGCCCUAACCUUGAGAAAUUUUCGAUCGAUAUAAAUGAUUUCACAUUUGAACCUCAUAUCUUAUGGGAGCUUUAUCAAAAGCCAAUGGUUCAGAAUGGCAACUACCCGUUGAACACUAUCAAGUAUGUUGAGAUCAUGGGCUAUAAAAACGGCUGGCAUGAGCUUGAUAUAGUGGAGUUCUUCGUUAGGAAUGCAAAAUCUCUGGAGAAGUUGAAGCUGAUAGAGCCAAGAAACCCAGAGGUCACAAUGUUCGAACCAGAGUAUGAAAGGAUCACCAACAUAAAAAGCUUAUCUCCAAAGAAAGAUCUCAUUGAAUUUACCAAAUCAGGUCGUGCCCAAGCAUAA